AUGGCAAAGUGCUGCCUUACAUCUCCCCCCCCCCGAAAAAUUGGGGAAGCUCUGCUUGAGCAUCAGGCUGUGUGUCCAGGGAUGAAGGCAGAAAUCUUCCUGGGGUUGCUGGUGAUCCUCAGCCUGUUCCAGGCAUCUGUAUCUUCUUCCUAUGAUCUGCCAGAGGAGCUGUCGGACGCAUCCCUCCUGAGCAGCGUGCAUGAGGCCAAGCAGCUGGUGGAUGCAGCCUACAAGCACACACGCGACCGCAUAAAGGAGCGCCUGCAGAACGAUGCCUUGACCCCAACAGAGCUUCUGGGGUAUUUCAAACAGCCAGUGGCGGGGACUCGGGCUGCCGUUCGGGCUGCAGAUUACAUGGAAACCACCCUGACCCUCCUCAAGGAGAAGCUGCGAUGGGCUGUGAGGGGGGACUUCAAUGUCACAGACUUGCUGACACCGGCUCAGCUGGGGAUGAUUUUCAAGGCAAGCGGAUGUGACCAGCAGAAUAAGAAAAUAAAUUGUGACUCUUCUUGUCGCUACCGAACAAUCACUGGCGAGUGCAACAACAGGAGAAACCCAUCACUAGGAGCUUCAAACAGAGCCCUGGUCAGAUGGUUGCCAGCAGAAUAUGAGGAUGGCGUGUCAGUCCCCCACGGGUGGACAGAAGGAAAGCUUAUCUCUGGAUUCCCCUUUCCGCUGGUUCGAAAAGUGUCAAAUGAGAUUGUCCGCUUCCCCCCUAGGCAGCUCAGGAUGGACCAGCAGAGAUCACUCAUGUUCAUGCAGUGGGGCCAGUUUAUUGACCAUGACCUGGAUUUCAGUCCGGAAACCCCAGCCAGAGUCACCUUCAGUGGCAAGGUGGACUGUAGCAUCAGCUGUGCCAAGCAGCCCCCUUGCUUUCCCAUCCAGAUCCCACCCGAUGACCCACGAAUUAAAAACACGAGAGAUUGCCUUCCUUGCUUCCGCUCAGCUCCUGCUUGUACCAGCAGCAGAGUAGUUCGAGAUCAGAUCAACGCGCUCACCAGCUUUCUUGAUGGCAGCGUGGUGUACGGCAGUGAGGUGCCUUUGGCCAACAGACUGAGGGAUCAGACCAACCAACUGGGCUUGCUGGCUGUUAACCAGAAUUUCACUGAUAGGGGGAAGGCAUAUAUGCCCUUUAACAGGAUGCAGAAGGACCCCUGUCUUGUAGUCAGCAGGGGAGCUAACAUCCCUUGCUUUCUUGCAGGUGAUUCUCGAGCAAGCGAGAUGCUGGAGCUGGCGUGCAUGCACACGCUCUUUAUGCGGGAGCACAACCGCCUGGCUAGAGGGCUGAAGAGACUAAAUCCCCACUGGAAUGGAGAGCAGCUCUACCAGGAGGCACGAAAGAUCCUGGGUGCCAUGAUCCAGAUUAUAACCUACAGGGACUACCUGCCUCUUCUGUUGGGAACCAGUUUCCGGAGAUUGAUUCCUCACUACCGGGGCUACAAUGAGUCUGUGGAUCCUCGAAUAUCCAAUGUCUUCACCCUGGCUUUUCGUUUUGCUCAUGCUUCAGUUCCCCCAACUGUUGGCCGCUUAAAUCAAAAUUACAAGCCCAUAUGUCCCACAAUUCCACUGAGAAACGCCUUCUUUGCUGUCUGGAGGAUCAUUAAAGAAGGUGGUAUUGACCCCUUUCUCCGGAGCCUGAUGGCUAAUCAGGCCAAGCUGAUGACACAGCAGCAAAUGGUUGUGGAUGAUCUCCGGGAUCGGAUGUUUGAGCAGGUUGAAAGGAUUGGGUUUGACUUAGCCGCGCUUAACAUGCAGCGUAGCAGAGAUCACGGCCUCGCAGGUUAUAACUCCUGGAGACAAUUCUGUGGGCUCUCACAACCUUCCGGAUUGAACACACUUGCUCAAGUGUUGAGCAAUCGUGGUCUGGCGAAGAAGUUCAUACAGCUGUAUGGGACACCAAAGAAUAUUGACAUUUGGAUUGGGGCACUUGCAGAGCCCUUUGUGAAUGGAGGCAGAGUUGGGCCUCUCAUGGCUUGUCUCAUUGGCACCCAGUUCAGGAACAUUCGUGAUGGGGACAGGUUUUGGUGGGAGAACAGCGGGGUUUUCACUCCUCAGCAGCGCUCUUCACUGGCCAAAAUCUCCUUGUCACGAAUAAUAUGUGACAACACCCACAUCUCUAAAGUAUCAAGACAUAUCUUCCAGGCUAACAGAUACCCCUCUGGCUUUGUGAGCUGCAGCCAGAUCCCAAAGCUGGACCUCAGAGCCUGGAAGUCGAAGAGGACCAAGGAAGUUCCAAAGCAAGAAGAAGCACCUGGUGACUUUUAAUGCUGAACAUUGAGGAUUCCUCAGAAGUCCGGACUUGGGAAGCUGCUGAGAUGGAUUAUUAUUUUUUACUGUGUUUAUGCUUUUACUGUCUGAAAUGUUUGGGCAUGGUUGCUGACAUUUGCUCAAUUUAGUUUGCAUGAAGCCUUUUCAGUGAGAUGGAGUCCAGCGAUAAAAGAACUUCAUGAAAAGAUGUCCCAGAUCUGUGCAAAUCACUCAAUAUCACAAAGCAAAGCCAAAUGAGUUAUCCAGAGACUGACUCCCAAUCAAACCAGCUGCUGGCUUAGGCGAUUUCACAUACACUGUGUUUCAGUAAGCUUUACUAUCAAAAACAUGUUUUGGACCCUCCUUUCAAAGUUUCCAACCUACAUAGAAAGAGAUUGGGGCAUUGGAAUGACUGUUUAUUCUUGCUUUCCAACUUUUUUGUUUAAAAGAAGUACGUACUUCAGUUUCCAGAGAAAAUCUACCAAUUUCACGGUGCCUUUGAGGGAAGCAGAAAUAGCUGUCAUUCACCCCAGACAGACUUGUUUAAAAUGCCCUGUUUCAGGUUUUGCUUGAAUAUGGAAUGAGGAAAUUGUCCGCAUAGAAGAAAGCUGUUCUGUCACCAUUUUUUGCCCUUAGUCCAGAAUGCCUAAGGCAUCAUCUAGUGUGACAGAAAUCUAUUGGAGGUUAUUCCUGCAGCCUGGCAUGAGCCAGAGUGACUUACUCCUGGGCUGUGGAGCUGAUGGGAUGUGUCCUGGCAAAGAUAAGAACAGUCUUAACAUACAAGAAAGUAAAAGCUAAUCUAGUUUUACUCCAACUUUGUCCCCUCAAUAUCUUUUCUUGAAAGGGAUCAAAACCGCUUUCUCCUUCCUCUGUACUCUGCUAUGUUACUGUUAUCAAUUAAUAAAUUGCAAUUUUG